AUGGCGGCGGAUUAUUUGUCGAUGGCCCUUGACAAGCUCAUACUAGGCCAGAGGGAGAUGACAUUCAAAGCUUCUAGGCGGUGCUUGGAAAUCAGCCACUUAGCAUACGCCGAUGAUAUCAUUAUCUUUACACAAGCGGCCGAGACCCCCCUGCGCCAACUUAGAGCCUGUCUUAAUGGGUAUAAGGAAGUCUCCGGGCAACAGAUCAACCUCGCCAAAAGCAACUUCUACAUCGCCGAAAAAGGAAUAGAAGCAGACACCAAGAAGUCCAGUUCAAGAAGUUCAGUGGUAUGGCAGACCCUCACAUUCAUUCGAAAUAGCAUGUCCAACAGCAGCCUCAAGCCGAAGCAUUGGAAGGGAGUUAGGCUUGGAGUCAACAUCUCGAGUCAAGCCACACCAAGAAGGCCGCAGCCACUAGCUAUGAUGAUCAAAUGGAACCCCCCGGAUCAACCAUGGCUGAAGCUCAACAUGGAUGGUUCUUUUAAUGAAUCAAACGGAAAAGCCGAGAGGGAAGGCCUCAUACGGGACCAUUCGGGUAGGUUACUUGUAGCCUUUGCGUUACCGCUAACAGCACAUUCAGCUCUUGAGGCCGAGUUACUAGCCAUGCACCAUGGCUUGAUAAUGGCUAAGGAAUUCGUGAAAUAA